UUUCAAGAAAGUUGUUACUUGUUAUAAAAUUCACGGAUCAAAAAAUAAAAUAUUUACGGUUUUUAUAGUCAAAUUGUUAUCAAUGUGUACAUAAUUACUGUUGGUUACAAUAAAUCUCAUUAAGUGAAUUUCAUUUCAAGUUCUUCUUAUCAACUUCUAACAUAGUUGUUUUGAUUUCAAUUUCUUUUGAUCAACUUCUAACCAUCUUUUUGCCUACAGUUAUGCACCUUUUAUCAUCUAAAACAUAAAUCAUAAAAUGAGCUUAGAAUGGCUAAUAAUGCUAAUAAAUCAUGCAAUCUAUUUGAUGAUGAAUUCUUUGACGACUCCUCACUUUUGGCAAAUUUUGAUAAUUCUGCUUUCAAUCAAAUCCCAGAUGUUGCUGAUAAAAGUGUUGACAAAAGCUUCCUCAAUGUCAGUGCCCUGUGUUGUGAUGAAGAGCUCAGUGGAUAUGACAAGAUAACAGGCAAGACAUGGGUCUACCCCACAAACUACCCUGUCAGAGAUUACCAAUUCAACAUUAUCAGAGCUGCCAUCUUGAAAAAUACUCUUGUGAGCCUUCCAACUGGUUUGGGUAAAACGUUCAUAGCAGCAGUGAUUAUGUAUAACUAUUAUCGCUGGUAUCCUCUGGGCAAGAUUGUGUUCACAGCACCAACUCGACCUCUUGUGGCACAACAGAUUGAAGCCUGUUAUAAAAUUGUUGCCCUGCCUCCUACCGACACUAUCGAAAUGACAGGUCAUAUGCCAGUCAAUACAAGAAAAACUCACUGGCAAACAAAGAGAGUUUUCUUUGCUACACCCCAAGUGAUAUACAAUGAUAUCAAGUCUGGUAUAUGUCCAGCGCAAAAGAUAAGGUGCCUGGUUAUAGAUGAAGCGCAUAGAGCCAGGGGAAACUACGCGUAUUGUCAGAUAGUUUCCACGCUAACAGAAAUGGGACACACUGUAUACAGGGUGCUUGGUUUGUCCGCUACGCCUGGGAGUAAAGUUGAAGAUGUUAUAAGUGUAGUAAAAAAUCUGCACAUAGCUCACUUAGAGUUGCGAACAGAGGCGUGUAUAGACGUAGCAUCGUACAGCCACUCGCGGAAGAUUAACACCGUUGUAAUUCCUCUGGGCCCAGAACUGACUCAUUUGAGGAGACAGUACGUUGAGAUUUUAGAUGGUUACGCGAGGAGGCUAAAACAGUUCAACAUCCUACCACAAAACUUAGGAAAUUUAUCCAAGGGUCGGAUUGUAAUGCUCUAUAAGGAGUACCAAACGAGAGAUCGCAGUUCCAGGCAUCCACAGCACAAUUACAUAAUGAAAGAUUUCACACUAAUCAUAUCUCUAUUCCACGGCCUGGAGUUGCUCGUCAAACACGGCUCUCGAGUGUUUCUUAACUUUUUUGAUGAGCAUCCUGAAAAGUCUUGGAUACAGUCGGAUGAUCAACUCACUUCUUUGUUGGAGCGUUUGCGCGAUGACCUCGGGAUCGAUCCACUUUCCUUGGAUAGGAGCGUUUUACCUGAUGGGACUAUACCUGAAAUACCGAAGGAUUUGUCUUUUGGCCACCCCAAAUUUGAUAAAUUGAAAGAGAUUAUAUUGGACCAUUUUAAUAAAGCAAAGCAAAAUGGACAAGAUACUAAGGCUAUAGUGUUUUGCGAGUAUCGAGAAAGCGUGAACCUAGUCCACUGUCUGCUUCUUCAAUGUCGACCAUUGAUAGUUCCACAAAUGUUUGUUGGACAAGGCGCUUCUGGCAAGAACGGCAAAACGGUGGUCUCCCAGAAGCAACAACUGCGUGUGAUGCGCAGCUUUAGAUCUGGAGAGUGCAAUACCCUGGUUUGCACGUGCGUGGCGGAGGAGGGGCUGGACGUGGGCUCCGUUGACCUCAUCCUCUGCUUCGACAUCUCCACGCGCUCGCCCGUGCGCCUCGUGCAGAGGUGCGGUCGUACCGGUCGUGAGCGCGGGGGACAAGUACACAUUUUGGUCACCGAAGGAAGAGAACAUCAGACCCUGCUAGAUUGUAUGCGGCAAAGAGACGGUUUAAACAAGAAAAUAUUGCAAUCAAAAGAAGUGGAAAACAACUUGUACAAGUUGAACCCUCGCAUGAUACCUCGAGAUUUCAUGCCAGAGUGCCAGAAGAUGUUUAUAACUGUCCCCAACACUGACAAUAAAGAUGAUGCUAAAGCAGAUUCCGGAAAAUCGAAAAAAGGACAAAAGGAUUUAAGGAACAUGUUAUUAGGCAGAGCAUCCACAAGUAAAGCUGCCACAUCUAAAAGUGAUGUGCAAAAUAAAGAGUGGCUCACCAAGGAAGAGUUUGAUGCAAUAUUUCCGCAUGGUUACAGAGAUUAUAACUAUUUCGCUGAUCCUGUUGAAUAUUCAUCAAUGAGCAAAGAAAGAUUAAACAGUCAACAUGAAAAGGAAGACUGUCACUUGAGACUGGAAAAAUGGUUGGAGUUGCAGAGAACUUUACAGGAGACAGUCAACAUUGGGCACUCGGUUGACACGAAUAUAUUGGCAGAGCUUCUACAAUACACUCGCACUGGGGGUCCAGACAUACUCCUUGCUUCCCAAAAUCCAACUCCCAAUACCCAAGACGUAUUCAAACGUAUCACCGUUACCUCGCCGAGCAAACCGAAACAAACUAAGAAGAAACAGAAGGCUACGUUAACAAAGUCUCCAAUUAAAAAUGGAGAUAUAAGAGCUUUAUUCAGUACAGCCACUAAAUCUACCAAAAAUUACACUAAAUUAAUUAAUGACUUAGAUAUUGACGGUAAUUUGCCAACACGAGUUAUUAAUCUGCUAGUGGACUUAACGGUGGAACAAACAAAUUCUGCAAAACAAUGUUAUUUUUGCGAGAAUGUGUGUAACUGUUUGGUCGUCAAAAAAUUUAAAUCGAAAAAAUCGCAACCUCUGGCAAUACUAAAUGACAAAACACCCUACUUGCCAGAUAUUGACUUGAUUGACAAUUUAACCGCCGAUGUAUUAUUAAAAUAUGUUGAAAAUAAGCCAGAUAUUGUACUUGAUCUUUUAUGUGAAGAAAUCAAAAGUAGUCCACCAGAUAAUAAGGAAAUUGCACCAGAUAAUAAAGAAAUCGCCAAAAAUUUCGAUUUACAAUUUGAUUUUGGUUUUAUAAGCGAUUCACCUGAAGAGGAAAAAAUAACUCCAUUAAAAUCUAAGGAAAUUAAGGAUACAAAUUUUGAUAUUGGUGAUUUAGAUGACAUAUUUGCUGAUAGCAACCUACCUGAAAUGCAAUAUAAAGAUGAAGAUUCAAGCGAUCCUAACAAAACAUUAGAAUAUUUUGGAUUGGACAGCUUUGAAGAUAUCUUUGCAGAAUCGGACGAUGAAGUUUCAGAGGCCAAAUCAAACAAUAAAGCAGAGUCAAAAAUAGCUGUAAAUGCAGUAUUCAAUAGUAUUAAAAUGUCACCUAUUAAUACAAAAGAAAGAUCAGUUGAUGGUUUCGAAACAAAUACAAAUUCCGUAGUAAAUACGCGCCCGGCGAGCCCUUCUUUAUUAUCUGGAAAACCUACACAAAUUGUAAGGCCAUCCACUUCACCUAUCUUUAGUAGUCAAUUUAAAAGUGCGAGCAAUAUUCAAAGUUCAACGCCUAGUACUAGUGUCAAGAAAAAACUCAAUUUAGGGAUUCGAAAAAAUGUAAAAGUAACUAAAUCAUCUCGAACAACAGUAGAAGAAGAUGUUGAUACCGUUAACAAGAGUAUGUUUACGAUAACACAGCUUGUCAAUAUGAUCAAUCAAUCAGAUAACAAAAGUCCAUUGUCAAAAAAUUGUACUGGCUGCAAUGAAAUAACUGCUCAAAACAAAACUGACAAUGUAUGUGAUAGGAGUUCUUCACCAAUAUUUUUAACUCAGCGAGAUAGAGGCAAAAGUAUAUACUCUGAGAGCAAACCUAGCAUAUCUAAUGAGACAGAUAAACAAAACCGCUUUGAUAAUGCAUCUGAAAUGGAGACAUCACCGAUAUUUUUAACUCAACAAAAUAGACAAAAGAAUGAAUCAUACAACCUAAAAGAACAAAGAAAGUCUAAGUCCAGAUUAAAUACCACACCAAGUGUUAUUAUUCCUGAUAGUGACAGCGAUUUUGAGGAACUUAUGGAAAUGUCUGAUGAUAAGUUACUGAAAGGUGAAAACAAGACUAAUCGCACACCUAAUAAAAGAAAACUAUGUGAAGAUGAUGACGAUGAUAUAACGGCUUCACCAUAUUUUAUUAAAAAACAGAAAUUACACGACAGUCGUAGUAAAGCCUUAACUUUGCAGGAAAAAGUUCUUUCUGCGCUAACUUCUAGUAAAAACAUUGUAUUCGGCAAUAAUACUCAAGCGAAUUUCAUGAUUAAUUCGCCGUCUUUUAAGUUUGAAAAGGAAAAUAAUGAUCCCUCGCCCUUUAGUAGUCCUGAAACAAUGAGUGAUGGUGAAAAACUACGAAAUAACCUUGCAAAGUUGCAACUGUUUCGCCGCGAUAGUAAUCUGAGUCCAAGAAAACCUGUAUUGAACGAUAGUACAAACAUGUCAAGUAUCAAUCUAUUAUCUUCACGGAAAUUAAGGUUCGAUGACAGCGAUGACGACUUUGUUGAUAGUGAAAAGAUCAAAGGGAAACAAAGAGUUGACGCUAACAACACUGAAAAGCGCGCAAUUAAACACAAAGUGAAAAAAAAGAGGAAUAAAGCAAGCGAAUUCCUAGACUUAGAAGCGGCGUUGUCAGACUGUGAAAGCGCGAGUGGUGACGAGCUCUCGGACGACAGCGCGGGCAGCAUUGUCGACUUCAUCUGCGAUAAUAACGUCUCGCACGACGAAGAAGACAUGCACGCACUUUAUUUGAAAUCGGUCAAGAGUACAGUGAAUGGAGUUUUUAAAAUUCCUCAACUACCGAACAAGUACGAUAAGCACGAGGUACUGUCGCAAUAUGUUGAGGAGGAUGCUUAUGAAAUGGAUAGCUUCUGCGUGGAUUCUCAUAUUGGUUUAACUCAAAUCGACGAAGUGUCGCAGCUAGAGCUCGCUGAAAUGCGGUUAAAAGAAAAAAGGAAAUGCAGAAAAACGUCUAAAGCUGCGCCGAAGUCGCCAAAGGAAAGUGGCGAUAGUCCAGUCGUUAGAAGGAAACGUAAAAAUGCUAAAAUGCAAAUUCAGAGUGAUUCGGAAGAUAGCAGCUAGCAUAAUCAUGCACUCAUAGAAAAGAAAUUCUUGGUACCCCAUUCCCCGCUGAGGUCAAUGGAAUAUUGCUGCAGUGUGGAUCCGGAACCCCUCCUAACUAUUAUAGGGGUCCGUGCUUUUUUAAAAUACUGGACUUUAUUUUGGGAGAAGUGAGGCAGGCGAGUUGGUGAAAGCACAGCAGAAGUUCAACUCCAAUUUUUCAAGUUAAUACAUGUAAAACUAACUGACUGACUAGCUAUAGCACAGCCUAAACCGUUGGGGUUAGAAACUUGAAAUUUUGACAGUAUGUUCCGUUUAUGACGGAGGCACUCAAGGAUUUUUUAGAAAUACCAUCCCUAAUAUAUUAUGCUGAUGUAAAAGCAUCUACUUUAAGUAUUCAUUUAGCCAUUUUAUCUGUGAUAUUAGAAAUGUCGAAUCUUAUUAUAAAAAUAGGUAUUCAAUUGUUGAUGUAAAGGGUAAUGAUUAGCUGACGUUAAUUGCAUAGCUUCUUAUGAUAUGAAUAAAAGCGGAAUCUAAUUUGUUGCUAAAUCUAGUUUGUUCAAUGUAACGAUCGUAAUCACUUUCUACUGACUAAAAUUGUUUAAGAGUUUAUCAUAAUAAUAUACAGCAAGUUACAAAAAUUGUAAUGUAUUUGUACCUAACUAGAAAUUAGAGCCUCGAUAGCUCAACGGUUGAGGAGCGGACUGAAUUCCCAAAGGUCGGCGGUUCAAACCCCACCCGUUGCACUUUUAUCGUACCCACUCCUGGCACUACCUUUACGCUUAAUUGGAGGGGAAAGUGGAGUAAAACUUUGGUGCUACGCUUUAUUUCAGUUACCUACAGAAAAAAGUAAAACCAUGCACGAUGCACGUUAGCUAUAUGAAGUACCUACAUUAUCUACUGCCUGAAAUAUUUAAAAGUACCUAUUAUCUACGUUUUAGGAAAAACCAGGGCGAUUAUGUUUUUAGAUAGAGCCUCCACAAGUAGAGCUUGCACGGCAAAAUAUAAUAAUCAUGUACGAAACACAGAAAUGUUACCAGAAAGGUUACGACUCAACCGAUCACAAAAUCCGUGUAAGUUUUUUUUACUGUCGGUACCUAAUCCAGAUUCUAUAGGAUUCUAUCAUGACCUCUUACACAUUUUUCACGCGAAGUCACUACCUGUUUCAAUUGCAUGAUCAACUUGUUUAGCUUUAGUUAGCUCUAAUUCGCACGAGCGUUAAAAAAGCGUUGCGUUAAAACCCAGCGUUGCGCUGAAGAUACAAAGUGCGUCACUUGUUAAAAAAGCGUUGACGUGUGAACGGAUACUUGGGAAUGCAUUUGUUCUAUUUGAACGCUUUUUAACGAGCUUUUUUAACGAUCGUUAAAAAGCUCUCAUGCGAAUGAGGCCUAACAUUAUUUUUAGUACUAAAAAAAGGGGUAAAUAAGGGUAAUUUACUUGUUUAUCAUGAUAAUUACACUCAAUACACCUGUCUGUGUGUGCCCUUAAUGCCGCCUAGAGAAGCCGCUGGAAAGAGAUCAUACGAGCCGCAGUGAAAGAGAACUUAUAGCCAGGACCACUCUGCCGAGUGAACGAUUGAGGAGAAAACUGACAAAUAAAACAUUUUUUAUUUAUAUUGAA